AUGUCGGCCUUCCUCCGCACCGCACCUCGGGCCGCCGCCCGCCCGGUCACUGGCACGGCGGCGCGCACCUUCAGCUCGACCGCUUCGCGCCCCGUCGCCCGCAUCACCAUCGUCGGCAACCUGGCCGACUCCCCGGAGCUGCGCGCAUCUAGCACCGGCCGUGAAUACCUCCGCUACGCCGUCGCCAGCAACUCAGGAUCGGCCGACAACCGCAAGACCAGCUGGUUCAACGUCAGCUGCUUCGUCGAGGAGGGCGCCCGCAGGGACUUCUUCCAGUCGCUGCCCAAGGGGACGCUGGUCAUGGUCGAGGGCGAUGCGACCAUGUCCAACUACGUUGACGCCGAGGGGAAGCCCCGCCAGGGGCUGAACAUUACGCAGCGCAACUUGGAGGUCCUACGUCGGCCAUACAACCCUGCCAACGCUGCCGGC